GGCCAACUACAGCUUGCUUUAAAUGAUUAUAGCGUGUAAACGAAAAGUUUUGUUGAAUGAAAUGAGGAUCGGAAGAGGGGAAUCGAAUUUUUAUUUAGAUUUUUUCAUGGGGUUGGCCAGGGCUUUCGUUAGAGGCAUUUUCGCCUCUUCAGUUUAAUUAAAUGCGUUGACGUUUGAUCUGCAACGAGUUUCAGGGAUAACAAGCAUCAUCCAUUAAUCUCGUUAAACCGGCUCAACUCUUUUUGAUGUAACAAUUGGAUGAUGUUAUUUCCGAAGCAUCAAUGCGAUAUGAAGAUUCUGGAAUUUUUGAUUGGCCAGGCGAUUAAAUUACCGGAAAUCAAUAUUUCAAGCAUCAAUAGAAGCGAAGCGUAGCGUGUUGGAUUUUUUAACUUAAUGAUGACUGGUUAUUUCGGCGAAAAGGCUUACUAGAUUUUUCAUUGAAGUUUUUUUUGAUUUGCUAUUUCGCGUAACAGGUUUCCCAUGUUCUUAUUCCUCUUGUCUUUUUGAAAGAAAUUCAAAAAUCUAAAAAUUCGAGUGCCAUUAUUUUUUAAGGGAAUGGAUCAAAAUUGAUCAAAAUUGUUUGCAUACCCUCAACUCCACAAGUCUCGAAUGUCUCCAAAAGUCCCAGAAUCCAAUGUCCUGAAAUUUCCUCUGCAAUGGUUCAUCAUGAAAAUAAUUUCAACUCAAAAUGAAAUAAACUCGUUUUUCUUUGGUAGAAUUUCGACCAUUUCAUCUCGGGAUCGUCCCCAAUCCUCCUCUCACCUCGUCCCUUUUCACAGAGUACCCGGGGCAUUUGAACAAAAAGCGAUUCACGCUGUAAAUGCGCAUGCCGAAUAAAAUCCACCCCGAAGCCUUCAAAAGCCGGUAUAUAAGGGGGUGAAACUUUCAAAGACAGGAACCAGCCAGACGCGCUUCACGCGGCACCACGAAAUCGCGGUCACCAAGUAUCGAAUUAAAAAAUUGUAAAAAUAUUUUUCUACACAUUUUUAUAAUAAACCAAAAUUAUGGACAACGAAACGCCAAUGUCAAAAAGUUUGAGUAGUGAGGCGGCCACGGGGGUGGCGGUUGUUCUAAGUGCAAUUGGAUUUUGUGGCUUUACGUUUAAUCUACUGGUUGUAAUAAUCAUUAUAAGUGAUUACCACCAUCUCUGGACCCCGGUUAACGUUAUACUUUGGAACUUAGCGUUCGGUGAUUUUUUGGUUGCGCUCUUCGGCAACCCACUAGCCCUCGUGUCGGCAGUGAAGGGCGGGUGGUACUGGAGCCACAGCACGUGCCUAUGGUAUGCCUGGAUCAUGUCUACCCUGGGCUUCGCCAGCAUCGGAAAUCUCACAAUGAUGGCACUCGAGAGAUAUCUUUUCGUCGUGAGGCCAAUGUUCAGUGUGAACAUAAAAACUGCCGUGAUACUGAGUGGCUUUGUAUGGGUGUACGCUGUCAGUCUUAGUUUGCCGCCCUUCUUUGGUUGGGGCAGUUAUGGAUACGAGCCGGGUAAUGUAUCAUGCAGUGUUUCCUGGGAGGUCCAUAAUCCCGCGACGCACAGUGAUACCUACAUUGCAUUCCUAUUUUUUUUCGGAAUGAUUAUACCUGUUAUUUUGAUAACGGCUAGUUACUUUGGGAUUAUCGCCACUCUGAAGAAAGUUAAAAAACGCACAGGUGGUACACGAAGACGUGAAGUAAAAGUGACGAAAAUGGUUGCACUAAUGAUUACGGCAUUUCUCAUUGCCUGGACACCAUACGCAAUACUGGCACUAGGAGCUCAAUAUUUCUACUUUCAACCAUCACCGCUCAUCGGUGUAUUACCAAGUCUACUUGCAAAAUCAUCGAUAUGUUAUAAUCCAAUUAUUUACGCCGGUUUGAAUGCCCAGUUCUCCCAGUCAGUUAAAAAAUUACUGGGUAUCAAGGAGGUCAGGGGCAGCAGGAGUAAGGGAGCUGUGAGCAGUCAAACGACUGGUAUCGUUUUGACAACCAGAAUCGAGAGAAAUUGAACUCACGUUUGUCAACAGUUGUUAGUGAUGAAGAACAAAGUUAAUUGAGAAUGUCGGGGCUUAUCGUGUGUGAAAAAAAAUCAUUGAGGAAUCUAGCUACAAGAAUUAUUCAAAAUUCGAAUUCUUCCAAAUUUUUUGAGUAAAUUAAAAAAAAUGAUACGGAAAAAGAAUUCCAAAAUUUUUUCGUUGUAAAAGUUGUCAAAGAAUUCACUCAACUAUUGAAACAAAUUAAUGAAAUUUCCCAUCGAAUUCACUGAAUUCUCUUUUUGAUUUUUUAUUGCACACGCAAAUAAAAAAAUUGAGAAUGUCCUGUUUUGCCCCAGACGUUUGAGAGAAAGCGGAUGGAGCCUUUUAUUCGAGAAAAUUUAUUUUUGUAAUUUUUCACGCGCUCCUGGGCCAAAAGAAGUCAUUCGCAUCUAGAAAACCAUUUUAUGUCUUUGUGACCACAUUUGUGGCAUUUGUUAAGAGAAAUGAAUGUCUUUGACUUGAAAAAAAAAUUUUUAAAUGUUAAUGAUAAAAUGACAUCGAAACCAGGAAUAUCGUCGCAUCAUCAGGUCUUCCAGUCUCUCAGAUGUGGAUUCAUUUUACCGUGAUAAACAUUAACUGCUGUGAAUAAAGUCAAUAGGUUCUGAGAGACGUUAUGGUUCAGUAGUCAAGUGGUAAACGUCAGAAAUCUAAUUUUUAUUCAUUAAACACCCAAUUAUCCCCGCAAUAAAUGGCCGUCGGAGGAAAAAUUAUGAGACAUUUUUCAUGGGAAAUUUUCUUCUCUGCAGAGAAGGUCCUUUGAUGUUUUUUCCCAAACUCCCUCAUUUCCUUGUUAAGUGGAGGGCAAUAACGAAAAAAUUAUUAUCAACUCAUUUUUUUUCAAUCAGUUAUUAUCUCUUUAACGAGGGGCUCCACGUAAAAAUGUCAAAGGGUCUUUUCAGAGAAUUUGCUUUCCGCAUCAAAAGCCGAGAUAAUUAAGAUCUUGGGAAUUCCGAAUUUCACGAAAAAAGUAAUGGGGAGUCUCAAUUUCAGUCCAAUUACUUCAAUAAUUUAUAAUUCCACUGAAUUUUUAGGGGAAUAUUUAAAAGAUUGGGAAUUGACGGUUCAGAAGCUAAUUUAAAUGAUUUUAUUUUUCUAGUUAUUCCAGGAAAUUCCACAGGAAUAAUAAAAAAUCAGUCCAUCGGUUUCUUAAAGAUUCGAAAUCUCAUUAAAUUCGAAAGUAAAAGAAUCCACUCUGCAAACAACAAUUUAAUAAAUGAAAAAAUAACGAAAGUGUUGAAUCAACAUUCAUCACUGAGUGAUUCAUCACUUGAAUACAGAAUUGUGGGUGGACUAUCCAUCGCUCAAUCAUGCGAAAAUAUAACGGUACACCGUGUUUGACCAUCCGACAUUAUUACGAGAGGUAUCGUUGCCACUCCACCGAGAUGUCCGCAAUUUCACUCAGUCACCAGGUGUUUACUCUAUAUAGGUCCAACUACCAGUC